AUGUCGUGUGAAGAUUCCGCCGACUCUCGGCGUGUGAAUACUGGCAAUCAACUCCCCUCGAUCUGUACACUCAUUCCGACAAUUAAGAAGUGCCAGCAGUGCGACAAGCUCGUCCACUCCGCGCACCUCAUCGAAAGCCUACAAUUCCCGAGCAUGUGUGCCGAGUGCUUCUCCAUCCACUCCAACGAGGCCUUUGCCCGUCCAACGCAUCAUCACAUCAUGCCUUUGCGGCCGGCUCUCUCGUACACGCCUCUGCUGUUGGACAUGACGGACAGACUUCCUUCCAUGCAUCGCACCGAAAGCACGUCCACCUUUUCGAAUCUCAGCCAAGUCUCGCCUCUGGAGAUGAUCGAUCCAUACCGUGACAUCUCCCUUCCUCUGUCCACCCGCAACACCCCGGAAGAUCACGACGUCCCCGACGCGGUGCACCCACACGAGGACUCCGACGAUGAGCGACUCCCAGUGCACGGGAAGAAGAUUGCGGAGAAGAUCGCACGCCGUCACCAGGCGAAGGCACUCCAGAAUUCCGAGGACCUUCUUCUGUAUCUCGCCAACUACAAAGGGCGCACGGCGCAGAGCAGCGGCAACGGGCGCGGCUGCGGUCUGCGAUACAAGAAAGAGGAGAUUAUGCGCGUCGUGAACUGCUUUGCCGCGCACUUCCUCAACAAAGGGUUGACGGAGACGUUGGAAGCUAGUCGAGAUGCGUCAGAGUGGUUUGAGGAACUUGCUGCUGAGCUUGAACCUGCGAUGCGCUCCGGCGAUCCGAUGGCUGGUACGUUGCUGGAGGGGGCGAGCUUGAACAAGAGGACGCCGGGGUGCAGGCGGUGCAAGGAUGAGUAUGGCGUUGUGUCGCCUUGCACCGAGUGCAGGGACAAAAGACUCACGGCGGCGAUGGAGCGAAACACGAAGGCGCUCACCCGGAAGGCCCGCAAGCCGACGGGCGUGACGAAGACGCGGCGCCCCACUGGAUGCAGGUUGUGA